AUGAAAGCAAGCAUCGUCAUAUCCCUACUGGCUGCAGCCGUCAGCGGCAUCAAGGAGCAACGCCAUGCUCGUGACUGGGAUCUUGCCCAGCCCAUGAAUGGCAUCACCUUUGAACGGGUCAAGGCUUUCUCCACGCCCAGGCCUGAUCGUCCAACCCCGCGCUUCUCUCGCCUCAAACACGUCGGGGGCAGAAAGGGAAAGCAUGGCAUGACUUCUGCCCUUGGUCGUGCGCUUCGCUCCACUCCCGGCACAGUCAAACAAAAUUUUCAGAACAUUUCUUCGGUGGGUGCCUAUGCCACCCAGUACGCUAUUCAGUGCGGCUGGGAUGGAAAGCCGGUCUGGCUGCUCUUCGACACCGGCAGCUCCGACACUUGGGCAGCCAAGUCGGACUUUGACUGCGUCAAUAGCGUCGGCAAUUCCUUUGACCAGUCCGCCUGUGGCUUUGGUACAUCACUGAUUGACGGCUUUGGCCAGGGCGCCAUUGACGAGCUGCACUUUUUCCUCAAAUACGGCUCUGGUGAGAAGAUCUCUGGUCCUAUGGGCUAUUCUGACCUCAGCUGUGGCGGAGUUUUGGUCUCGAAGCAGCAGGUCGGUCUCGCAAACAGUACUUAUUGGCGCGGCAACAAUGCCACUGUCGGAAUCCUCGGCCUUGCUUACCCAUCCAUUACCAGCGCCUACUAUGGUGCCAUCGGAGACGAAGCCUCGUGGAACGCCAUCACAUAUACACCCUUCCUUACCAAUGCAAUUAUUCAAGGCGGCCUCGAUCCUGUCUUUAGCGUGGCCCUUUCCAAGAAUGCUUCCGACGGCGUGCUUGCCUGGGGUGGCCUUCCUCCCAUUGACUGGGUGCGGGGCGCUUCUGCCUCGACCGAUCUUAUUGUGGCAAAUCUUAUCGACCAAGCGGAAACUGCAUGGAAGUAUUCGUUUUACACUAUCAUCCCAGAUGGCGUGCGCUGGGGCCAGACCACGGACACGACCAGAUAUCCUUUCAUCGUCGACACCGGUACCACCAUGAUGUACCUUCCUCCUCCUCUGGCCGAAGCCAUUGCCAUGUCGUUCCAGCCUCGCGCCGUUUACCUAUACCAAUGGGGCAUGUACUUUGCGCCAUGCACGUCAAUCCCGCCUAGUUUUGCCAUUAAGAUCUCUGGCGUUGACUUUUGGGUCAACCCUGCAGACAUGAUUUACCAAGACCUGGUUGAUCCGCUGACUGGGUACUGCGCCAUCGCCGUGGCAAGCGGCGGGCAGGGACCCUACAUUUUGGGCGACGCAUUUUUGCAGAAUGUCGUUGCCGUCUUUGACGUGGGAGCGGCUGAGAUGCGCUUCUACUCACGAUAA